AUGAGUGAGCAGCAUGAAAAAGAAAUGAAGGAUGUUGUUAGUCAAAACAGUGGUCUCAAAUCUGAAAUUGAGAAACACGUCAAAGAGAAAAAUGAAAACGAUUCCUACAUCAGAAAACUUGACGAGGAUGUGAGAUGUUUGAUGGCUAAAACGAGGAAUACUAGCAAGGAUAUGGAGUCCAUGCUUCAACAAGCCUCUCAAACAAGAAAUGAUCUGGAAGCAGAGUUGCAAAGAGCCACUAUUGAAUUACAAAAUUUGAGGCUAUGCAAUCAAGAGAAGGACAGCCAACUGUUGGAAACAACAGGCAAAUGCAACCAACUCACUGAAGACUUAUCCAGUGUC